UGCCCUUCCUCCCCCCCGCCCGUCCCUUCGCCCCGUCGCCCGAGCCUAACCUGUCCCCCGCCAUCCCCGCGGACCCCGAUCAGGCCCUCGAGGGCCCCGGAGGCCACAUUCCAGCCGGACGCAAGUUUUCAAACAUGGCCGAGCAUGAAUGUAGGUCCUCGACCGAUCCUACGCCGCACCGCGCCGUGUGGCAGGCGAUGCCCCCUUCCCCUGACUCCCCUCGUCACCGCAAGGCUCCGUUCCGUCGGCCGGGUCGUCCGAGCUGGCGACACCCUGUCUGGCAAGACCAGCGACGGACAAAGAAGGGGAACUCCGACGUUGCCACGUCCGCCGCCGCGCCGAACGCGUCGCCCAAGGACGAAUCGGGAUAUGAGUUUUUGUCGGCGUUAACGCGGGCCGAUUAGACAUCGACCACGCGCCGAGAUAAACGCGUACGCCGGAUGCGUUAUCGCGGGCCGGUAUUUAACCGACGCGAAGAUAGUCGCGAUCGGAAAAUCGCGACGGCUUGCGCCACGCUAGAGUUUCGCGUCGCCUACGUGCCGAGAUCUGGCAACGUCCGAGAGCUAAACUUGUUAACUGCCGGCUCAGUCCACAAAAACAAGAUGAUCUCAUUCUAUACCGCAUAUGAGAAACUCUACUGUGCGUCGGCUCGCGUCUUCUCUUGCUCGCUCGCUGUAAUUCCGCCUCGGAGUUCGAUCCUCUCUCUUUCACGCAUCUCCCUCUCGCCCAUCUACGCGUAUGUACGUUUUACGCUCCCCAUUCUCUCUCUCUCUCUCUCACUCUAAAUCUAUCCCUCUCGUACUCGCUUUCCGUUCGGAGUUUCAUUCGAACGAUUAGACGUGCAAACUACAACGGGAGCGUUGACGCCCCGACGAACGCGAAUCUUGAAUGAGGCGGGGGGGUUUGCGGAAGGUAUUGUUAUCUGGGUGAGGAAAGCACGGGUCAAAAGUCAAGUAAGCGUCGUCGGGUGGCAGGAGGAUCGGAUACGUCGCAACGAAAUCGAGGGACGGCAAGAGUCUCUCUCGCGCUCUCGGCGCACAGACCGAGGCAGACAACAUGGCGCCGCGGGCAGUGUUUCCCGCGCGUCAUUAACGGAAGUGAGGCCACAAAAUGGCGGAGUUUUACGGCGCUGAGGUGUGAAAGGGGGGCGCCUACGAGGGUUCUUGUGCCGGUCGGUCGGAAUGACUGGUAGUGGCGGCCGUGUCGAGGCCUGUAGAGGUGGGCGGCCGGGGGGGACGACGGGGGGGGGGGACACACGGCUUGGUCGAAGAGCGGGGCGAGGAGAGGGCCGACAGGCACAGAGGGGAUCGGAGAGCCCGAGCGGUGCUGCGGAGCGCUGGCGAUGGUGGUGGGGAUGAAAAUUAGUUACGGCAUCUCCAAAGACCCAAAAGGAACUCCGCGCGCUUGCCGCUCCGUGCAAUGUUACGUGGUGGUUAAGGAUUGCCAGUGCUUAUCCGUUCUGUGUAAAGUGUCUCGUGAGGAGUAGUCUCGGAUAAGUGAUUCGUUAAUUAUGGCGCAUGGCGUCGCCGACGGCCUGACCGCGACCGACGAAGAGAACUGUGUUAAAAUGGUGACGAAACAUCAGCAGACCAACAGCAACAGCAACAGCAGCAGUAGCAGCAGCAGCAGCAGCGGCGGCGGCGGCAUUCGAAAAACCGUGGGUGUGAUGGGGAGCAGACGGAUUUUCGCACCCGCGUUCAAGCUUAAGGUCCUAGAUUCGUACAGGAACGACAUCGACUGCCGUGGCAAUCAGCGGGCGACGGCCAGAAAGUACGGGAUUCAUCGCAGGCAGAUACAAAAGUGGUUGCAGUGCGAGGACAGCCUACGAUCCAGCUGUGUCGAUUCGGCCCUGCCGGGACGUACUUCGUCUCACGGUCACUCCUUAGGGAAUUCCACGAUUUCCGGGGCCCCGGGAACCGAGGGCCCUCGAGAGGCGGCGGCCACGGCUCCAGCGCCGGCCUUGAACCUAAGUCGCGCCAGACUGCAUGGCGACGAAGAGUUGUCUCUUCCACCGGCGCAACAAGGGCCCCCCCUUAGGCAGCACUGCCCCGCUUCGCCCCGUUACCCCAGUCCGCGUACCGUGGCUGCGCUAAAUGGGAAUAAUAAUAACAAUGAUAGCAACAUUAACAACAACAACGACAACGAUAACAAUGACAACGACAACAACGGUAACCCUAUGUUAUCGCCCGCGAGCAACAACAACGCCCUGCAACAGCACUUGCUAGCUACCACCCGUCCGGAGUUUCUCGACGCUGGUCGUUCCGAAACAUCCGCGAGCCACGCAACCUACGUCUCGCCGUCCCGAUCGGACGAACGGAGCGGCUACUACAUGGCCAACAGCAGCUACAAGUUCGACUCCGUAGUUUCGUACGACGAGGGAUCGCCCGACGUCAAUACCUACCAACAGGCAUCAUCGUCGAGGUAUAACCGCUCCCCGGUUCACAGGUAUAACCCGCAUAAUAUUUGCCACGAGAAUUUCCCAGCCAUCUCGGCCACGGAGCGCGAUAUCGGGAGUCAAAUAUCGCCUGCAGUAACGAUUAAGAACGAGCCAGCCAGCCUAGACGCGGCGGCGACGGUGGCAGCCGACGCGGCGCCAGGGCCGUGCGAUCCGCGGGACCAGCCGACCGGGCGCCCGAGUUCCCGCUCGGCCCUGUCGCCCUUGCCUCCCCGCGGCUUGUCACCGCCGCAUCACGCCACCACCGCAGCCGUUCACUCGGAGGUAUCACGCACGAGUCCCCUACGGACACAGGCAACCCGGGAUGACGGAGGAGCCGGCGGCGCAGCCGAGGCGAACGAGAAUUCCGGGAACGCAAACAAGGACGGGAACAGCGUUGCGUCGCUACGCCAAGCAAUCGCGCGUCCGCAGGCCUAUCCAGAACCGCACCGGCAGCAUCAGCAGCCUCGCACGCACACGCUCGCACAGAUUCCUCGUCAACAGCCGCAGCCUCAGCACCAGCACCAGCAUCAUCAUCAUCGUCAUGUAUCGCAAACGCAUUCGCACCCGCCGGGGGACGGCGAAUACGUCGAUCUCGUCCAGCCACCUGCGUUGCCCUCUUCGGCCCCGAUACAAUGCCUGUCGUCUGUCAGGAGCAGCCCCCCUUUGGAAGGGGUGUUUCGCUCGGGUCCCUCGAGCCCCGCGCAAAGCCUACCGAGUCCGCAUAGUUCUCGGGGCCCCUUGAGCUCGGGGCACUCGACCACGAGCUCCGACAGCGAGACGGACGCCCUAGACUACUCGACGGCAACGACGCUGGCCCCCUCCAACGACCUUGCCCGACGACGUUCCUUCUCGCUGCGAUUCAAGCUCGACGUUCUCGACGCCUUCCACCGCGACGCCGGUGUUGCUGGAAACCAACGCGCCACUGCCCGUAAAUUUGGUAUCAAUAGGCGUCAGGUACAAAAAUGGCUCUCCCAGGAGACCGAACUCAGGGGUGAGAUCGCUCUGCGCGGCGGUAUAUCCAGGCAGAGACUCGGUCCUCUUUCCUCCGCCGACUCGCCGAUCGAUCUUCGGACCAGUACCGCACCCGCCGAUCUCAACGACGUCCCACGAUUAUCGCCGCUGGAACAGACCUCUGUUGAUCCCUACUGCUGCUACAGUCCGGACCCGGUUUCUCCCCGUCCAAGGCAGCUCUCGCACUUCGUCUCCGCCGAAACAUCGGAAAUAUUGUUGAGCUCAACCUCGGGGCCGCGACGAUGCACGCUUUCCUGUUGCGCCGACAACGUUUCCUCCUAUUCCCAGGAAUCUCUAAGGAUCUCCGAAAGCACCGUUUGCAGCUACAACAGAAUUCAAUCCUGCUACGCCGUCUCGACUCACGAUUCGUCGGAAAUGUCGCUGGUUUCGAAGCGGGGAUGUUCCGCUUCGUGCUACGAUUCAGAAAACAUUGAGCAUAUCGUAUCGUCGCCGGGAUCCUCUUCGCCGCUGAAAAGAUCCUGCACCUUGUCCUGCUGCGGCUACGCUACUUCACCGAAAAGAUUGCGCCCGCAUACCGAGGAUGAAAACGCGGCGCCCCAAGACGCGCCCCUCUGUCUCGUCAAACGUAAAGGUAUACCAGACCUCGCCUCCCAAGUCGAACCUGUUACCAGCACCGUCCCAACCCCUCCGGCGCCCCCGGCAGUCCCGUCCGCUCCACCCUCCGUAACCGCGACGAAGCGUGACGCCAUCCUCUUCAAACCCUACCUGGACAAUCCCAUCGCAAAACCCAUCGAGGAUCAAGUUUUGUUCAACGGUUUUACGCAUCAGUACAAUAACAAUAACAAUUGCCAGAGCGUUUGCAAUUUGAAUAGUAACAACGGGGCCGGAAACAGGAACGGCGAAGGUUACGCCCUAGAGUUGAGCCUUAGAGUACCGAUCUCGUGGGGAACCCCCGCGCAAGGCCUUUACUCCGACGUAUCGCAGGUGGGCAGCGCCUUUGUGCGAUAUCCUACGGCGCCGCAUUACACGUAACUACUCACGCGCAGCUUUUAGCCUUUGGAGGGCCGGCGCUAUUCCCUUGACGUUCGGUAUUUUUCAGAGAUAUAAUUUAGGUAUAUAAAUAGUCGAAACGUUCGGUGGAAUUUCCGAGUUAUUCGCUGACUCCUAAAAGAGCCAGGCCGGCGACCCUCUGAAGGUUUAAUCUGCGAUGAGCAACGAUCAGUCGUGACCGAUUUCUAUCCAAACCGAAACGAAACGCGGUUGGUGGCUGUUCGGGACGAUUAUAAAUGCUAAACGACGUCGUUCGGUUGGCCGCAGGUGGCACGAAAGUACACGCGUGGUCCGCAUUUCGUAUGGGUAUCGUAUGCGACGGUAUGUGUAUGAGCAGGCGAAACUACGACCGCCUCUAAUAACAUGUUUUAAUGAGAAGACGUGAGUUCUAUCACGUAUGAGACCACCGUCCUGUCGCUCGAACUCGACAACGUCACCAAUCUUGGGAAUUGAUAAGAUCGGUAACGAAGAUUAAACUCUUAUACGAUUAGUGGAUCAAACCGAGAUUACAACAUGUGCGAAAGGCGGGAGAAAAUGUUAGCAUUACCUUAGCGCCGUCGUGGUUCUCGUUAACAACGCUACUCUAUCUCGCCCUGCACUUCGAAGAGCGACUUACGAUUGCUUCUUUAUCUCAGAUCAGCCAAGUACAUCAGCUAGGCCGUUUAAAGGUCGCCAAAGGCCGAUAUACGUCGCACAAUCUAUAAUUACUAAAUUAUGUCAGAUAGAUAUUUCUAAGCCGUUCGACAGAUACGUGACCGCGAGGCGAGUUUCCGAACUGCUGCAUCAUACAACGCGAUCUAUAAAAACCCAAAGAAAUUGCGACUCAAAGCUCAACUUCUGUGAAUUAAUAUUAUUCCAACUCUGGUAUAAAUAUAGGUAUAUAAACAUCUGUUUAACACUAUACCUUUAUAAGCGUCGCCAAAUUAGGACGAAUUCAAUUGCUCAAAGAACCGCUUCCACGUAAAAUUUAUCUAAUGGUUAACGUGUAUUUUUUUAAACGCAAUUCUGUACAUAUAAUGUAAAUACGUAAAAGCAUGUUGAAUUAUUUUAUUGUUAUUAUUAAUAUCACAAUUAUUCAUUAUAUUGCUAUUAUUGAUACUAUUAUUGCUAUUAAUAGUUUAGUUACAAAAUUUACCAAUUUAUUGAACAUUUCACAAUUAUUAUUAGAGAUGUGACGAAUAGUGAUUUGGCCGAAUACCGAAUACUCAACUUUUGGCGUAAGAUGUGUGCAUAUCGCGCGUGACAGGUCACGAGUCUUACAAGUGGUGGUCAGCAAACGCAAAACAGUAUCCAAGCCUGACAAAAUUCGCUAAGAUUUAUAUAUCUAUCGUCUCCUGGCAGUAGUGUUUAUAGUGAGAGGCUAUUUUCAGAAGCUAGUAUUGUUUACGACGACAAGCGCAAUCGUUUCCUACCAAUUAAUGCUGAAAAAAUGGUUUUCAUUCGUCGCAACCUACCACUGAUAGAUUUUUAGUAUUGAAGCAAUAAUUUGUUAUAAAAAAAGAUACAUUUUUUUAGUAAUAUGUGCGUUUUUCUCAUAAUUUGGUAUUCAGUAUUCGGCCGAGUACCGAAUAUUAAAAAAAAGUGGCUGAAUAGGGCAAAUACCGAAUAGUAGCCGAAUAUUCGUGGCAUCUCUAAUUAUUAUACACAUAGUGCCUGUUUGAAAAUAACUUUAGUACUGGUACACAGCCUAGAAAACAAAACAAUUGAAAUACCAGUACACGAAAUAUCACGAUGGUCCAAUGUAAGUUAUAUAAUAUGUUGAUUAUAGGGUGUAUUUAUAUGAAUAUAUACACAUAAACACACACGUGUAUAUAUAUAUAUUCAAUACCUGUGCCUUAGAAACUGUCGUAUCGUUAGAUUUAAACUUUACGAAUUUAGUAAGAGUGCAUAAAUUAUUGACGAUCGUGUUCAUAAUAAAAGUUUUAAUCCAUGUCGACUAAUCAACUGUGAAUCAUGCCUUAUGUAAUACAGGGAAAAUCAUAAUAACAGAGGCCUUCAUAGAAAUUUUUAAAUUAAAAACUUGAAACACUCUUGAUAAGAAAGCUAUUAUAUUGUAUAAGAAUAGAAAGGGAAGAAAAAUCAUGUAAAUUUAAGCCAUAAUAGUUGAAUAACGCCAUAAUCCUUACUCAAUAAAAAAAAAUAGUAUUGUUGAAUGACUGACAAAAGAAAAUAAUAAUGUAAAUCUUAAUUAUGUAUAUGUGAUGAAUGAUCAGUAUCUAUAUUACCGGUUGUACAGCCUCCAGAGUCUAAUACUAGAGCAAUAUAUAUAUAUAUAUAUGUAUAUGUAUAUAUAUAUAUAUAUACUAAGCGAUUGAGUAAUAAAAAGAUCUAGAUUUAUAUUUAUCAAAAUUAUAUUUUAAUACAGGAGUUCAAUUGUUAUAGCAAGAAUGUAGAGCGCGUGCCUCUGAAAUU